AUGGUGAAGGCGUUCGUGAAUGGCAAGAUCUGGCAGUGGGGGGAGGGCUCGAGCUCCGUCGCGGGGCCGUUCGCCGAGUGGAUGACGGUGUCGGAGGGCGGCCGCAUCGCCGCAGUGGGCAGCGGCGCUGCUCCCCCCGCCAACGAGACGGAGGAUCUACACGGGGCACUGGUGCUGCCGGGACUGCACGACGCGCACAUCCACGUGUCGAUGCUGGGGGAGAGCGCCGAGUGGCUCGAUCUGUCGGGCUGCACGUCGUUCGACGAGUUCCAGGCGCGGCUGAGGAGCUACGACGCCCGGUACCCGGACAAGGCGUGGGUCGUCGGCAUCGGCUGGGCGCAGGACGAGCUCUCUAGCAGCGCGCGGUACCCGAGUCGCCGCGACAUCGACGCCGUGAUCAAGGACCGCCCCGUCAUCCUGCACCGAGCUUGCUGGCACAUUGCAGUGGUGAACACGAAAGCUCUGGAGAUCGCAGGCGUGGACUUGACGGCCACGAGUCACAACGUCAAGCACGGAGCCAUUGACGUCGACGAGAAGGGCGCCACGGGCGUCCUGAGAGAAGACGCCGUGCAGAUCAUGGAGAAGCAUGCGAACGAGCCGUCGCUGGAUCUUCGAGUCCAGUACUUGAGGAACGCGUUGGCGAGAUGCGUGAUCUCGGGUCUAACUGCUGUUCAUACAAACGACGAGGACGCGUGGCGAGUGUAUGCCAAGCUGCAAGAGGAAGAGGGACUGCCUGUUCGUGUGUACCUGACACCGUCGAUCCACGAACUGGGAAAGCCUACGACGCCGAAGCCUGGUGAUUGCAGCGGACUACUGUCGUGCCACCGCAUGAAGAUUUUCAGCGAUGGCAGCCUGGGAGCGGAAACAGCGGCAUUGCGCAUUCCGUACAAGGGCACGAGCAACAAGGGAAUCCUCAUGAAUUCAGAUGAAGAACUCAUUAAAAAGAUUGCCGAUGCGACCGAUGCUGGUUACCGCGUCGAAAUCCACGCCAUUGGUGAUCGCGCUGCAGAGCAAGUUCUGACAGCCCUCAGGGCCGCCAAUGUUGGGCCGGAGAAACGCCCCAUUCUCACGCACUGCCAGAUCCUUGGUGAAGAUCUGAUCUCCCAGAUGCGUCAUCAAGGCGUUAUCGGCGACAUCCAGCCAUCCUUCACUGUGACGGACGCCGCUUAUGUGCGCAAGCGCUUGGAAGACGACGUCAUUCCCUUUUCAUACUGUUGGAAGCGGAUGCUGGAGAACGACGUCGUGUGCGCAGGAGGAAGCGAUGCGCCCAUCGAGACGUGCAAUCCGUUUCAAGGCAUCUACGACGCCAUCUACCGCUACAAGCCCAACCAGCCCCAGGACGUAUUUUUGCCAGAAGAGCAGCUCUCAUUUGACCAAGCUCUGGCGCUGUACACUAAGGGUGGUGCAUUUGCGGCAAUGGAAGAAGACGCUCUCGGCGAGAUCGCUCCAGGUUUCCGAGCUGAUUUUGUGGUUCUCCGACGAGACGUGACUCAAGAUCAUGCAGCGCUUGUGUCACGUGACCUCGUGGAGAGUGUCUGGGUGAACGGGAAAAAGUCAUACCACAACAGCUUACUGCCAGGCAAGAACGGACCCAUGCGCGUGUGCCGAUGCUGUCGGCGAUAA